AUGGACAUACAAGCCAGGGAUAGUGGUCAUGUAGCCUUAAGAUGUCAAGCCCUCAAGCACCACCACCUUCAUGGGAUAGUCCUCCAAAACUAUCUCCUUGAAGACAAGAAGAAACUUCUUCCCUACCUUGAAGCAGCCGACCUGGAGACGUCUAGCCAAGCCGCAUCACACCAAGAAGAGCACCUUCUAGCCACACCAGAAGAGGAGAUUGACCCUGAGCUGAUCGAGUUCGUGAAGAGAGAUCAAUUCCAUGAUCUGUUUUCAGAGUAUGCACUGGAGCACAUAGAUCACUUUGACAAUCUUUGUGAUUCCUAUGGAGUUUUUGACUUUGAGAAGAAGAUGAUGCUAUUCAGCACAUCACUAGCUGGACCAGCACUAGAUUGGGCGCAGCAUGAGCCACUCUCUACAAUCGAGUCAUGGAUCGAUUUUAGAGAAGCUUUCUUGAAGAGAUUUGCAAGGAACCACCUUUCAAAUCCAAAGCUAAUCAAGCAUGUGGAGAGGAAUCCUUUCUACAAUUCUACUUCAGAGUGUGCAAAGGAGCAUCUAUGCAACUUUGAGCAGCUUUGCCACGACUAUGGACUUGGAGACAACCCCAAGAAGAUACAACUUUUCCAACUAUCUCUAGCUGGACAAGCCAAAGAAUGGGCUAAGUUCAACGCCCAACAUGCUUUCAAGACUUGGAAUGGAUACAAAGGAGCUUUCCUCUACAGAUUUGCUAAAGGUCCUAUUUAUGUCCCACCACCACGCCCAAGCUAUUCACAACACCAUCCAUCAUCACCAGACAUAAACAAGACACCACUUUUCCCAAGGGAGAGCUAUCAAGCUGCGCGCCAAACCAAGAUUGAAGAUAUGCUUCAAGAGUACUUGAGAAAUCAAGAAGAGAGUACAAAGAAGAUGGAGAGAAGAAUCGAUUUCAUCCAUGAGAGCCUUGGAAACAAAUCUGAAGUCCUAUUCAAGCAAGUGAUCAAGCUUGAUGAAGACAUUAAGAAGUUAAGAGAGGAUCAUGAUCGAUCUUUGAACCCUAGUUAA